GCUUUAGAUUGUGGUUCGUGGUAAGACGAAGCUUUGGCGUGUUCAAUGCUCGCAUUAGUUGAUCGCAGAAAAAAGAACUAUCUUUGUCACAGUAGAAUAAUAUAGUGCUUGCAUCGAUACUCUUGCUUAGAUCGGCUAUAAACUCGGCUGACUGUUGAGCGUUUUUGAUUUGCACUAAAGACAGUACAGCACUGCUCAGGAGCACAAAACCCACCGACUGCGUUAAAUACAUUUUUGGACUGACGGAAGGACGUAAAGACAAUGGAUAUUUUUGCUUUAUUAUGUAUCUACAGAUUUGUUAUUAUGUAUGCGACUAAUUAACUAUUUCUCAUAAAGUAGUAAUUAAAAUGGUGUUAUGUAAGCAAUUUCUUAAUUACUUUCACGUCGUAUGAAAACCAUUGGUUAGAAAUUAACUCCCAAUACUCAAAAGUAUAGUAGGUGUGAAAGUCAAUACUCAUUUCCUAGCUAAUUAUAUGAUUUAAGAUAAUUACUCAUGGUGGAAUAUGUAUUGCAUUCAAUUAGAUUCAAAGCCAUUUUAUUAAUUGAAUGCGUGUAAAAAAUUACUUUCUCGACAAUUUUCAAAAUCAGAGAACCGGACCUUUAUAGAUUAUAGUAAAUAUAUAUAUUAAAAUAUCAGAACUUCUCCAAAUGUCUUUACUUAUAAAUCCUAUGCAUCAUUUGCUCGCCUAUGAAAGCUAAUAACGCCAUUGUGUAACCGCUGCCCAAAAGUAGAGCAGGCAUUUCGAAAUACUCCAAAUUUAGCGGCACCACCUCCCGGUCUUCCGUUGGAAAUGUAGUCAAGUUACCGUGCUGUAUCGAUUCCUCUAGUGACUCGGCCAAGGCAUGCCAGAAGAAACCGUAAUCGAGAAAGUGUAAUAUAUGCAUAUCGAGCAAAUCGGUAAAUGGCCAAUUCUUUUUUAUCGGUACACCACCGAUGGAUGACUCAACUGGAAUAUCUAGGAGCUUUGCACGCGGUCGCAACAGGAAACGUUGCCUGUACAAAUGCAGCUGACACAUGUCGAAGAACAUAAGCUGUGCAUAGUGGGGAUCCAGUGUAUCGCGGAGUGCCAUUACCUCAUUCAAUGGUCUUAUUUCGAAAAGCUCUUGCACGAUUCUAGGAAUUGCGAAAUAUUUAACAACUUGCUUAUCCUCAUCGGGCACUAAAACGGAAAUAUUCAGCCUGUGCAAAUCCUCGAAUGACUCGAUCUCUCGUUCAUAAAUUUCGGUGGUCAAGAUGCUGUAGAGGCAUGUUAAAUAUAUCGAUGAGAUUACGAAGCCGCAAACUUUAAACAGAAGUCGCAAGAACGGGUUAACAUUCCCGUGUAUUAGAGAUAACUUGCAAGGGAUUUGCAAGAGGCUGCCGAAAACUUCGAGAAAAAAGUAUUCAAAACGCCAAAAACCGUACUGCAGACGGCUAAUGAUCGUGGUUACAGCAAAUAUCAAAACAAAUGUCGCAAGCAAUAACUGCCAUACUUCCAGCGCAAAUGGUGUGAAGAAAUAACGGUAUCUGGGGAUAGAUUGAGGAUACCGCACAAGUAGAUAGCCCAUAUAAAUAAAUAUCGGGCGACUUAUUGAGAUUGCUUUAGUACUUAUAUACGAAUCGGCACACAGAUCCAAUUCUCUCACGGCGAGCAUAUCAAUACAAUAUUUCGUCGAGAACGUGUUAUUUGCCGGCACCUUAACUUCGACGAACUCGAGCGUGGCAUUAUAGCGCCAAGCGAAUAACCGUAAAAACUCCGGUACUAUUCCCCUAUAUACAUGCUUCCCUUGGAAGUCCUGGUAGAGUAUUGCACGUGGUGGAUUAUUGCCUAUACCAACGCGUAUCGGUGCGCCGUGAAAGUUUCUAUGCCGUUUUCUGGUACGUAAAUAAUUCGAAAGUGUUGUGUGGUGUAUAGCCAAACUAGGAAAUGGUGUGUAUGUGACGAGUUCCAGAGCUGUACGGUUCGCUUUCUUCCAGGAUUCUAAAAGUAGCACAUUUAGGAAACCAUUCGACCAGCACCAAUCGAAGAGCCAACGCCAUGCACCGAGUGUCAGUUGCGUUUUUUGUGGAGUACUAUUUGUUGUGGGAACCAAAGAUGCUUUCGUAGCCAUAAAGAGUAUAUGAGUAUGUUGGCUGUGGAGCAGAGUCCUUAGUAAUCCUGUGAGGUUUUGUUCUUCCGAAGCGUUGUUUCUUUCAAGUAUUGCUACAGCGAGUACAUCCGCGUGGUAGUAACCCUUCAAUUUGACAGCAGAGUUUGUGGUGAUUCUAAGUCGCGGCGUUUGCAAUUGCUUUAUCAAUCUAUUGCACAGAUUAUUAUCGGCAUCACAGUAAAAUAAUAAAGUAUGCGCACUGAUUCUACGACUUAAUGUGUCUAUAAACUGACCCGGCUGUUGAGCGUUUUUGGCUUGUAAUGAAAGCAUUGAAGCUAAAGCCGCGCAAAAAAUUGUGAGCUCAAACGUAUGUCGCACGCUCAUCUUUAGACUGUUUCACUCAACGCCUUUGAAACACUGUAAAUGUUGUGAAAAAGAGCGUAUUAACUAAUUAAGUGUUUUUCAUUAAAUUAAAUUUCUAAAUUAAGCCAAUUAUUAGUGGUAAAGUCAUUAAAGUCAGUUUAUUAAGACAAUUAAUUUAAUUAUUUGAAAAUUUUAUGUGAAAUGGAAAUCGAUCGAAUUAAAAUAUAGCGCCUUUCAAAAGAGAGUGCGAGGGUGUGGAACAUAUGCUGACCGAGGGUUGAAGAAAGGCUGCCUCCUACAAAUAUGAGAUCACAGGAUAUAGUGCCGUCGAUUCUAUGGUGGUAGUAUUAAUCAUACUCCACUAAUUGUUCAAAAUAUGAUACCGAUGUUGAACAAAGCUCAUAAGGCUUGGUUUCUUUUAGGUUUGGGACCCAGAUGGGAUGAUUGCAAAAAUAUACGAAGUUGUCGAUAAUUUCAAUCGAGAAUAAUCACAGAUUAAACAGAUGUGUGAUAGGCUCAAAGCGCUUUCUCGAUUUGUAUAUGAGGAUCUUUUGAAUCAUAUCUUACAGUUUUUGACUCUACGGGAACCCGGUAUUUAAUUGAUCCAACCGACACACAUUACCUCUGUUGCCAAUCUAACCUAAACUAUUCCUAUUUGAAGUAAUUCUCUCUUCUGUGCCGAGCGUAUUGCUAUAAUUAAAAUGAAGUUUAUUAAAUUUUUAUUUGUAUGAGUGACAAUCAAAAUUGUGUGUGCAGAAAACAGAAGUAUUCAUUUCAAGUGUUCUUUCACAUAUUUUAUGUUUACAAAUUGCGAAGCCUGUGCACAAUUAUUUCGGCAAAAAAGCAGAUCAAUGACAACGUACAGCCACAGGCCAGCAGUAGAGCAGGCAUUUGGAAAAACUCCAUAUUUAAGGGCUUCACCUCGCGGUAUUCCGUUUGAAACGUCGUCAAGUUGCCGUAACGCACAGAAUCCUCCAUAGACACGGCUGAGAGAUGCCAAAACAGGCCAUGAUCGAAAAUGUGUAAUAUAUGUAGAUCGAGUAAUGUCUUGAAGGGAGAGUUCUCUUUCAUCGGUAUACCACCGCAAGCGGUCUCCACGGGUAUGUCCAAGAUAACAGCGCGUGGUCGUAGCAAAAACCGUUGUCUGUACAUAGAAAGCUGACACUUGUCAAAGAUUAAUAGUUGCGCAUAAUUGGGAUCGAGUGAAUCGCGGUAUGCAUUGAUCUCAGCCACAGGUUUCACUUUGAAGAGCUCUUCCACAAUGCUUGGUAUACCGUACAGUGGUAUGUACUUGUUGUCUAUAUCAGAGACGAGUACGGGAAUUUUUAAUGCGUGUAAAUCCUCGAAAGACUCAAUCGGACGUUCAUAUACUUCGGUGGUCAGUAUGCUGGAGAGACAUGUCAAAUAAAUUGAUGAGAUUACGAAGCCGCUAACAGUGAGCAGAAUACUUAGGAACGGCUGCAGCCGUCCACUUAUCAAAGCCAAUUCGAAAGCUGUCUGCAAGAAACUUCUGACCACCUCGAGCAUAAAAUAUUCGAAACGCCAAGCACCAGACUGUAAACGCCCGAUGAUCGUGGUAAAGGCAAUAACGAACACGAUUGUAGACACCAAGAGCAGCCACACAUAUGAAGAAAAUGGAGUGAAAAAGUAACGGUAUCUGGGUAUGGAACGUGGAUAACGCACUAGCAGAUAACCCAUAUAAAUGAAUACAGGGUGGGUUGUUGGUAUGAGCUCCGUGGCUAGGAACGCAUCAGCACAGAGAUCUAAAUUGCCCGAAAGCACCUCGAAAAUACAAAAUUUCGGCUCGUAAGUGUUAUUUGGCGGUACUGGCGGUUCGCUUAACACGAGUGUGGCGUUGUAACGCGCAGCAAACAAACGCAACAACUCCGGUAUCAUGCCUUUCAGCACAAGCUCGCCAUCUUGAUCCCUGUACAAGAUGGUACGUGGUGGAUUAUUGCCUAUACCAGCGCGUAUAGGCAUACCCUGUAGGUUUGGUGUGCGACUGAUUGCUUGUAGAUAUUUCGAAAGUGUUGUGUGAUGCACACGAAAAAUGGGAAAUGGCGUGUAGGUUAACAAUUCCACUGCUGUUUGGGACCAGGACUUCAAUAGUAAGACUUUUAAGAAACCAUUCGACCAGCACCAAUCGAACAGCCAACGCCAAGUGUGUGGAGCUGUCGAUGAGAGUUCCAGUGAGGUACUUGUUUGCUCUUCGUCUGCUAACGGCACAUGGAUGAACAGUAUAUGUGUGUAUUGCCAACCCUGCAACAUUUUUCGGAGGCUCCCUAGCUGCGCUUGCUGCGCCGUGCUGUCGCGUGCAAGUAGCACGAUCACCAGCGUAUUCGAGUGAUAGAACCCUUUGAGUUUCACGGUGUGGUUUCCAUUGAGACUGAGUUUAGGUGCAUCUAAUUGCUUAAUUAGUUGAUUGCAGAGUACAUUGUAUUCGGCGCAGUAGAUUAAUUGAGUGCGUGUGCUGAUUUUACGACUUAAUGAAGUUAUAAAUUCGUUCGGCGGUACUAUGUGUGAGCUUAAUAACGAAAUCAAUAAAGUGCGACCGAACAAAGUGAAGUACAUUUUGUAACUGUACAGCUCAUAGCGACCCCGCUGCAUUAAAUUGCAAUGCGAGACAGGCAGGUGUGGGCUUCAUAGAGAUGCAAUAGAGUAGCCCCUGUAAGUGCGUAUAUUGUUGUUGUAUGAUAAACCAAUUAUUAGACAUUGAAGUUCAAUUAUUUUAAUUACAACAAACAAUUAUCGAUGAACAGUCCAAAAGCGAUGACAGUAUUUAUACAGAAAUCUCGAGAGAGUGCUGUGCAUAAAAUUCAAUAUAUUUUACGGCUUUCUCCAAAGCGGUCUCAAGUGGCUCAUAAUACGCAACGCCUUUCAACGCUGGAAACCGCGAAUUUUCACUGUCAAAGGCGCCCGUAAAUAACUAUAAUUGUGUUUGCCUAAUAAUAGGCUGUUGCUUAUAAUUAAAGGUGUUACUUUAAGCGGUGAGUGUUGUGGUAGGUCUACCAUAAAUAAUCACCAAGUUACGCACAACACUUAUUUGAUUAUUUUCAGCUAUGAGGCAGCUCUCAUUACUACUUUGUAGCUAUCUGAUUUGCUAUGCGGAUGCAGAAGCCACAGGGUUGACGCAUGUUGUACAAACACUGAAUGCCAAAAUUAAAGCAACCACUACUAUAUUCUACACAACUACUCAUUCCAGCUUAGAUUUUCAAGCGGUCUUACAGCAACAACUGCCGCCAAAGAUUCUCGCCUCAGCAAAAGUUGCAACUCCAUUAGAGGACUUGUACAAUUCGCGUGUACUCACCGUGAUCUUUUUAGCGCCAACAUUUAUGGAGCAGCUACAGCAGUUACGCGCUUUGUUGCAUACCAACAGGCGCUUCACCCAUGCGCUCGUGUUGUUUGUAGCUUACGGGUACGAAGAUCAGCGCUGGCUCUUCGAGUGGUGUUGGCGACAGAAGUUCUUGCAUGUAUUGCUCGCAACCGAGCAAAACGCUACUGUAUUCAACACUUACACACCUUUUCCGCGCUUGCGGCUACUCAAUACAACACUGAACGCUUACUUCGAUGAACAGUAUGCACCAAGGAAUCUCAGAGGCUACGCCAUACGCUAUGAUGGUAGCUUUAGUCCACCGCGUUCGCUGAUAAUCGAAGACGCGCAGGGAAACGUGGUGCUUCAUGGCUUUUUACCACGUUUAACAGAACUGUUUGCGCGUCUACACAAUGCAACCCUGCAAAGAAAUCGACAGUCUAAGGUGUACAAAACUCGUGAAUGCCUGCAGAUGAUCGCGCGGAAGGAACUUGAUUUAUGCACCGAUUAUUAUUUCUUAGGCGAUGAGGUCUACCUGACUAAACCACUGUAUCUGUAUGAUGUUUACCUAAUGGUGCCUUGUGCACACCAGCUACCGGCGUUCUAUUAUUUCGCCGCGCCAUUUGCACUGCAAAUGUGGCUGUGGAUCGCGCUCACGCUCAUUUUGCUCACGUUGAUCUUGGCGUUGAUGUGCUGGUGGCGCUACUCUCGCUGGUGCGUUGAUCAAUUGUUUCUCGACUUGACAGCUUCUCUACUCUAUAUGCCGUUUCGUUUGCGUCCAUUUACCGGUUAUACUCAGCGUUUACUCUACUUGGUACUCGUGAUAAGCGGUUAUUUACUGUCCACAUAUUAUUUGGCGCUUCUCUCGAGCUUCUUUAGUGUGCAUAUUAAUGAGAGAGAAAUCAAAGAUCUUUCGGACUUGAAGCCACGUAAUAUUUCAAUUAUACUCCGCGAUAUCGAUCUUGGCUUGCUGCGCAGCUACAAUGCAUCGCUAGAAUUGCUUGAACGCACUCAAGAGAUGUCCUCGGAUGAGGUCUCGAGUAAACAGUUAGCAUUGGAUACACGCUAUGCCUACUUGUGUGCGGUCGAUAAAUGUAAUUUACUGCUUAAUCAACAAAAAUACUUGCGAAACUGCAGAAUGCGUAUAAUAAAACCGUCUAUUAUGACCGUGUGGGGUGGCAUUGUCAUCGGGAAUGAUACAUUUUUCGAAAAUCUACUAAAUGCCUAUUUAUAUCGCGUCUACGAAACUGGCAUUCAUAUGCAUCUACAGCGACAAAGCCAUGCAGAUGCAAUGCGUAUGAAUAUCACAAAAUAUUUUCACACGGAGAAUGUGGAGAGGGUGAAACCGCUAAAACUGGAAUAUUUUCAAAUCCCCGGUAUGGUUUUAACUAUAGGAUAUGCACUGGCUUUAAUGGCUUUCUUUAGUGAACUAGUGAAAUAUUAUUAUUGGAAAUAAGUUAUAUAGCAAGUAGCUGACAUUGUUCGCAUAAUCGUCUCUCUCAACUUUCUUUUUAUGAAAAAUACCACAAUUUAAAGCGACUUAAAAGAGCUUAUUGUCUAUAAAAUAUCAGCGCUUAAUGUCUAAAUUAUGUAUUGCAUGCUAAAAAGUGUUUUCAUAAUAAAAUAUAACAUUUGAAAAAAACUCUCCAAACUCUCCACAUUUACAACAUUCAAGGGAACAGCGUUAUUUCCACAAAUUAUUUUGCACGCCUUACUACUCAAGUUUUUGUUGAGUUUCCUCAGGUUUUUGUCAAGUCUCCAAACUCUCCACUAAAUAAUCAUUUCUAAUUUUUUAGUAUA